AUGUCUCGUCAGAUUCGAGAAGAGCCGGAACAUCAGGAUUACCAGCGAAUUAUCUGGUCGCCCGACGCAGCAUCGGAACCGGUGGAAUUUCGUUUGAAUACUGUCACUUAUGGCACAGCUUGCGCUACCUACCUGGCGAUUCGUACUCUGUCGCAGUUGGUACGGGAUGAGGGUUCGCGGUACCCAUUGGGGUCUUGGUGUUUGGAGUCGGAGACAUAUGUCGACGACACUUUUGCCGAUUCUGCACGACCGGGCGUGGAGAAACACAUAGAAAGUGAUCAGACAGUCGAAACGUUAGGUGUUCGAUGUGUCCCGGAACAGGACGAAUUUAGGUUCGAUGCGGCUAGCGUGGCAGACUUGGCUGCCGCCCACACCAAAAGGUCCGUUUUUUCGAAUAUCGCUCGCCUAUUCGACCCAUUAGGAUGGCUCUCCCCGGUUACGGUUGUUGCCAAAAUAUUAAUGCAAGAUAUGUGGCUUUUGAAGUGUGAUUGGGACUCACCCUUACCGUCGGAGCUUCGUGAGCGUUGGUAUGAAUAUUGCCAAAGUUUGGUUACCUUGCCGAGUUUAUCCGUAGGGCGCUGGUUAGGUGGCACUUCGAACUCUUCCUACCAGAUUCAUGGCUUCUCUGAUGCGUCUUCGCACGCGUACGCCGCAGUUGUAUACCUGCGUAUUGAUAAGGGUGAUGGGAAGUUUCAGGUGUCGCUAUUAGCUUCAAAAUCUAAGGUAGCUCCUGUAAAGACUGUGAGUAUUCCUAAUUUAGAACUUUGCGGAGCAGCUCUUCUCGUUAGGCUUAUCCGUCAUCUAACGAGUUUGGAUUUCUUACAGAAACGCCCAAUUUUUGCCUGGUCAGAUAGCCAGAUUGAGCUUACCUGGCUUCGUAAGCAUCCAUUCCACUGGAAAACCUUUGUAGCCAACCGUGUCUCCCUAAUUCAGACUCAACUACCAUCGGCAUCAUUGUCACAUGUCCCGAGCAAGGAGAAUCCUGCCGAUUUGGCAUCGCGAGGAGUAGCACCGAAAGAGUUAGCCAAGAGUGCCCUAUGGUGGCACGGCCCUUCAUGGCUGACCAGGCCUCCCGUCCAGUGGCUACGUUCUAUUGAAACGGCGGCCCAUCGUCCGGUUGCGGAACGCUCACUAGUGAUAGGGUCUUCGUCUCAUUUUCUGACCAGUGCUGAGAUUUCCGACGCACGAAUACUGUUCAUUCGCAUAGCCCAGGCAACCGCCUUUUCGACAGAGAUCGGACUCUUAAAAGCAGGGAAGAGAUUGCCGAAAGGUAAUCGGCUUAGCACGUUAAACCCCUUCAUGAGUGAGGGAGAUUGUCUCUUACGGGUGGGAGGCCGGUUGACACGUUCUCAUCUAGCAUUUGAUCGGAAACAUCCGCCAGUCUUGCCUCAGCACUCGCAUCUUAGUCGACUAUUUGUGCGGCAUGCACACCACCAGUGCCUCCAUGGGGGUCCGGCUUUAACAUUGGUUUAUCUGAUGUCGCAAGUAUGGGUCUUAGACAGGAAUCGGUUGAUCAAAUCAGGUAUUCGAGCUUGUAUGCCUUGCCAAAGGACUAAGCCUCAGCUGGCUCACCAACUUAUGGGUGAGUUACCCGUGGAUCGAGUGGUAGGAAGUAGGGCUUUCGCCAAUUCUGGCCAUGAUUAUGAGGGUCCUGUACAAGUCCGGAUGUCAAAGGGUCGUGGAAAUCGAUCCGGUAAAGGAUACAUCGCUUUGUUUGUAUGCUUCGCUACUCGUGCUAUCCACCUCGAGCUGGUUAGCGACCUAACCUUGGAAUCUCUGUGCAAACCGUCGGUUCAUAGGAAGACGGAGUAUUUGCCGGUAUCUUUAUAG